AUGUCGAUCUUCACUCCACUCUCAUCUUUAACCUUGCCGUUGUCGUCGUCAUUCGUCCAACCUUUCUUCGACACCAGACGUAACGCAACACUAGACUGCAACCAGUGGGUCAAGGCAGGGGAUGAAUGGGAAGUGCAGAAGGUGGGCAUUGCAUUCCCUGCAACUGGCGCAGUUCUACAAAAGAGAGGUGCUCAAGAGUCUGAGUCGUUGGUAGAUGGAUUAGCCAAGCAGUGCCAAACUAUGACCUGUUCCCCAACACUGUGCAUCCCUCCUGACCUGAAGAUGAUGUAUCGUCUUCAGCAAAACGGUCCCACGUCGCCCUCCUGCUUCCAGAUCCAUUCCACCUCGCCAUGGCGUCUAGACGACGUAUUGUCAUCCGCUAAACGCCCUCUCGACGCGUGGGUCGUCUCCGGAUGUCGGAUGGGAUGGGUUACAGUUGAGAACUUUGAAAAGAGAAGAAAAGAAGCUGUCCCCGCCCUUCGUUGCGUCGAUGCAACGUAUCGGGUUCUGCCAAUCACUAUCCAGGCACGAUGUGGUCUCCCCGAGGCUCGUCUUUCGUUUUCGGUCGACGUUGUGAGCUGCAAGCGACUACGUGUCGUCAUUUUUUCAAGUUUGGGCGACAGGGUCACCGUACCUUCGUCGUUUGAUCGACUUCCUCGCGUCGCCAUCUCUCUUCCAUGUCUCCAAGGCUCACCACGACAUAUCGACGUCUGUCAAACGCCUUCAGCUCAUUCUUUCAGAUUUAAGCACGUUGGCACCCCGGGAACGUGUCCGAUCCUUCGCCACAUCAGCAAUUGUGCCCCAACUGCCUCCAACGCAACUUUGAAAAAUAUCCGUUUCCACAUGUUAUCAACUCCAAUCCACCUUUCCAAGGCCCAAGAGGACGAAAUGAUGUCCGAUAAACGUGUUGAGGGUGUCGUCGAUGUUGUGCAAACACCCCGUUCAUUUCGAAUGCCAGCGCCCACGAACGACCUCAGGAACGACAUCCCUGUCAGCGACGUUGCAAGUAUGCGACGCAGAUGGACGAGGGACGAUGACGACGACGCACAGAAGGACGAGGGACGACGUACUGCAAGUCGUCGGUGUUUGAUGUUCAAUUUACGCCACGUGGAUGAAAAUCGACAAAGGGCUGAUAUUCGGCUCACGUGGUUAAUUGUCUGUACCAUUUCCGCUCUCACUAAAGCAAGCACUCAUACUGGUUCACCCCCAUCAGGCCCUUCAGAAUGCCGCGCUGUCUCACCUGUGUUCUUGGCCUUUCCUUGGGCCACUCCACACAUCGUACAAGUGCCAAAGCCUUUGGCCGACUUCACUGAGAUAAUGUCACCUCACAAGCACUUCAUCAAUUCGCUAAAUCGAUUUGAGCGCUCGCUCUUUGCCUUUGAUGAACUUGUGGUCAAUUCUAACGAAUUAGCACCACUUCUAGGCUUAGAUGUCCUGAAAGCAUCCAACACGGUCACCCUACAUCCAACGGCGACGACUGCAUCAUCAAAGGGGGAGUACAAAACCCUCGCUUCCAUUCUUUGUGCAUAUCGAACAUUUGAGGUCUUGGCUCUUGACUGUGAAACUGGUGUUUCGCAUCCUCCCAGUCGCCUACUUCCUCCCUUGGCUUUCAACAAGUCUGAGCAGGAUAGCGGAAAGAUUGUUGUACAUCGAUUUAUAUAUAUUCUGAUCCUCAAGCUAAUUUUCCUUGCUUGCAUGGGGUUUGACAGACUAGAAAAUUGGCCCAAAGCUCUGCUUAACUUCCGGAAACUUAUAGGUCAGUCGGGACUACCUCAAAUUCCUGACGACCUCCUUGCAGGAAGCAAACACCUUGCUCUCCUACGGAUGGCAAGCAAGAACAAAGAAAAAGCAGGCUACAUGAACGUUGUCGACAACUUUCUUCAAGCUGCUCUGCAUCUUUACUACCUCAAGAUGACCCAAUUCCGAGAUGGGUCUCUGCCUGACUAUCCUGAUAUUUUAAAUGACCAUCUCUGCAUCUUCAAAGACAAGACCUCUACAGAUGAAUUCAUCAAUGAUCAAGAGGAGGGGACUUACUACUUGCAAGAUUUACUUGAUGGAGAGACAGCUUCGCACACCCUCCACCAACUAGGGACACCUCUGCAAUUAGCACUGCUCCUGACUCCUUUCUAUUUGCUCUUUCCAUUCUGGAUAAUCACCAGGUCUUAUAAUCGUCGGCUCGUUCUUGAAGCCUUUGCAGAGUUAACUCCUCGGAAGACACCCCUCGUGCUUAAAAUUGAGAGAUCCAUCUGGUGUUCUCUUAUAGCGCUUGCUGACGUGACUAUCACACCUCAUGAAGCUUUGACACAACUGGUGUCAAGAUUGCCGUGGGCCGAGAUAGAGGCAGCAUCCAACAACCCCCAUGAUUGUUGCAUGUUUUGCACCCCUUUAGCCCAGCCCUCUUCUUCUUCAACACCAUUACAGCCUGGUUUGGCUGUUGGGAGGCAAUUAGCAAUAGAAGGUGCCUCCAACACCCUUACUCCAGACAUACAAGUUAGUGGGCCCAUGCCAGAAGCCUCAGUCAUCCCCAACACUCAACGUUCAACAUCAAUUGAGGACAAUGCAUCUUGCAUCAAUGAAGAGCAUCUUGAAGCUCCAAUGGACCAUGAUGGUGAUUCCCCAAUGCUCCCCACACCAUUACCCACCUCCAAAUGUCCUGAAUUGCCCUCUAUGCCUGCCCCCACAAUGGACCAAGAUGGUGGUUCCCCAAUGCUUCCCACGCCAUUACCCACCUCCAAACGUCCUGAAUUGCCCUCUAUGCCUGCCCCCACAAUGGACCAAGAUGGUGGUUCCCCAAUGCUUCCCACGCCAUUACCCACCUCCAAACGUCCUGAAUCGUCCUCUACCCCUGACCCUGAUGGUGAUUCACCAAUGCCAGAAAGUCUAGAAACUUCAUUGGCCUCAGUUCUCAAUUCAGUUUUUCAAUCCUGUCCCAUAUCAUCCCCUCACCUUGGGACUGUUAAUCCCUCUCAUAUCUCCCUCCCGCUCAAUGUGUUGGGAAAAAAUCUUUCAGGCGAAGAAGAUAUUGAGAUGGGCGCCCUUAGUGAAUUAUCAUCGUCAUCUGAAGACGAAGAUUCUGAGCAUUCGCCAGCUAGGCCUGCGAAAAAAACAAAUCCUGAGGUGCAACCGUCUGACAAUGACAAUACUGACGAUGAAGAAUCUUCAUUGUCAUCAUCAGAUGAGUCUACAGACAGUGGUGUCAAGAAGCCUAUUGGGAAUACCUCAGGCAACAGGGGUGGAAGGGGUGAUCCUGGAAACUUGAAGAAACUUGUUUGGACAAAUGCUGAGUGCCAUAUAUGGAAAUUUACCAGAGACCCUGAGAGUGUUUUCAAAUGUUGUCACCAACAAUUCUUCUUUGAAAAAGCAACGCUUGGAACUCAAGAAGCGAUGACGCACGAACAUUUCCCGAUCGCUUGA